AUGCACCCUACGCUCGCCGUCUUCCGCGCGACGUCGCGGGCGGCCACCAACGCGAAGCGACUCCAGACGGGCUUGUACGAGGGACGGAGCAUCCUGUCGGGCAACAACGUCGGCAAGGAAAUUGCAGUCAAGACGCGCCGUCAGUGGAAGCCCAACGUGCAGCAGAAGAACGUGUGGUGCGAGGCUCUCGGGCGCCAUCUCAAGCUGAGGGUCACGACGAGCGCACUGCGGACCAUCGACAAGUGCGGCGGGCUCGACGCGUACCUCUUCCGGAUGCGACCACAGAAGAUUGGCGAACUCGGCAUGCUCCUUCGCGAGAUUAUCCAAGAUGCACACACCGCCGCCAAGAAGAAGCAGGAGAAGGCAGUGCAGCAGGCGGCGCGGGAUCGGGCGGCGCAGGCGCAGGCGCAGCAGCAGCAGCAGCAACAGCUUCAGGCAUGA